UACAAUGUUUAUUGAGGGAAUAAAUCAAGAGAGUAGUAGAGUAAUUUUCUCAUAGACUUCUAUACAACCAGACUUCAGUCGCCCCCUGGUGGUCAGUAGACAGAAUGCAAGUUUAAGACACUCCUCAGAACCAGAGGUUGCCAGAGAACACGUGGCCAGUUGAAUUCGUAAGUCGGGCCCCAUUAGGAGUCAUUGUUUCUCCACUGCUACUACAGGAACACAAGAAGAUCCUAUUGAAUGUCCGUACGAGAUUGUGCUCUUUAAAUCAAGUCCAAGUCGGCUGAACAAUCAGACACAGUGGAGGCUCUGUUUUCUCUCAAAACAACUGGGAGAAAUGGAUUGUUUUGAAACCAUGGCAGAGAAAACAGAAGAAUUUCCCUCCUCCAACCAAGGCCGUGCCUCCUUUUUUCGCAAAUGCCAAAGAACUGGUUCCCCCCCCCCUCUGAACAGACAUGCAAAACAGACAGAGCCACACGCAAAACCUACACAGAAGGUCUCAGCCUCGCGCGCACACACGUUUUAAAACCCCCAAAACAACACACCUCAACCCCGCCGGAGGAGGAUCAGGGCAUGCCGGUCGUCAUGAAGUGGCAGCUGGAGCUCGCUGCCCUCGGUGUGGCCCUCACCGGGUGGCUGUGCGCCGUGCUGACGCGCUGCCUGGCCCUGUGGACGGUGAGCGGCACUGUGGACAACGUCACGGCCACCCUGCCGGCCUACUGGGACGGGGUGUGGCUGGAAUGGGAUCACUGGGAUCUGGCCCACGACGGCAGCUUGCACUGCUCCUUUUACCAGUCCCUCAUGUCUCUCUCCGGGAACUUUCGGGCGUGGCGGGCCCUCGUCAUGGCCGCCAUCGGGGCCGGGGGUUUCGCCGCGGCGAUCGGAGCCGCGGGGGUCGUGAGGUUCCCCGAUCGUGGCCAGGUCAAAGUGUUUUCUGGCGCCCUCUUCGUCCUGUCCGGGAUCCUGCUGCUGGUUCCCACCGCCUGGACGUGCCACCACACCGGGCAGCCGCUGGAGGGCGCCGUGCUGCUGCAGAGGGUCUGGGGGCCGGCGCUGUACCUCGGGUGGAUCUCCUUCGCCCUGAUGGUGGCCGGGGGGGCGUUUCUCGCCACCAGAUGCCCCACCGCCGAGAGUCCGGGGGCGGGGGGGCAGGAGGAGUCCAGUCACCCACUGAGCCGGAUCAGCAGGACUGUGUUCACACAUAGCCAGUAUGAGCGCAGAUCCUAGCCCAUCUGAGGGGGGUGGAGGAGGAAGGGGGUAUUUUAACUGUGUGUGAGUGAUUUGACUGGGCAAUCCUUAUGUGGAAUGAAUAUGUGUGUAUUUAUUUCAUGAUGCACUG